CGCAGGGGGCCGCCGGGAACGAGGAGGACCGUGCGGUGGCGAGGAGGCCCGGGCCAUCGCGCGUCGGGGCAGCGGACAGGAUGAGCUGGGCGGACGGCAGCCGGCGGCAGCAGCAGCAGCAGCGGCAACACGGGACCAAGCGGCCCGCCUCGCCCCCCCGGGAUAAAGGAUCAAGUGCAACUUGGGAAUCCGCUGAUUUAGGGGAUGAUGAACGGAAGCUAAAGUUCCUAAGAUUAAUGGGCGCAGGCAAGAAGGAUCAUGGCGGACGUCCACCUCCAAGUGAUCACAAGUCAACCACCCUCUUCAGAACAGGUGAUGAAGAAAAGAAAAUAAACGAGGAGCUGGAGCACCAGUUUCACCAGAGCAUGGACAGCCAGCUGUCGGGGAGGAACAGACGACAUUGUGGACUCGGCUUCAGUGAGCCAGAGGCAGCCGAGCCAGAGUUGCAACAGGUUAGUCCUGCAGAAGAUGAGGCGUCCAGCAGCUCGGAUGGUUCUGACACCAAGGCUGAGCCCAAGGAUUAUUCUUCAGACAACGUGAAAUCCAGUAACGAAGAGAAUGAGUCCGAAGAUACAGACGCCAAAAAGCAGGACCUGAAAAGCAAUUAUAAGAUGAUGUUUGUAAAGUCAUCUACAAAUUAAUGGUCUCCUUUAAGGGUCUUGUGUUCAAAGUUCUGACUUGUAUAAUUCCUAUACAUUUCACUGAACAAAGAAUGCCAUUGGAAUUAUUUUCUGAUUUAGUGUACGACUUGCUCUUGCCAACAUUUUGUCCGUAAUGUUUCCUAUAUUAAGUUUUUACAUCUCUUAUUUUGUGAUAUGGUCUUGAGUUUCCUUUGUGUUAUCUUUUUGCAAAGUCUGCCCCUGCAUUUUAAAUGAUUUCUCAGCGUGAAAUGUCUCAAUUGAGACAUAUUACUCGGUUGUUGUGGUAAUUUAUAGAUGCAUAUCAUUUGUCCAAUUUUUUGACACUUCCAGAGAGAGAACUUAUUCAAGUAUAAAUGGUAAAGGCUAAUAGAAACAUUUUUAGCUGUUCAUACACUGUAUAUAAAAUAAAAGUCCAAGUCUUUACAACAAA